UGCCAAUCGUGCCCCAGUGCUGGACGAACGAAUACCAACAUGAACCCAGCUUUUCACCAAAUACGGCCAUAGUCUUUGACUGCCUCAGUUGUUCAUACUCUUGUUUUCCACUUGAACACUAGAGUGAAACAACCCAGAAAAUGAAGGUAGCACCAAAGUUGGUAUUCCUCGUCAAGGAUCCAGAGGGCUUCUCUGCCGCAAUCUACGACUCUCUUCAGCCUACCUCUGAUUCCAUUCUUCAAAGAUCAGAAGAAACUUUUGAGCUUUCAUUGGAGCAAUAUGGGAUAAAAGACCAAAAAGCAUGUGGUAACAUCGCUAAUUUUUUUGAUAACAAUAACUUGUUGCAGACAACAAAUCCAAAACACCUGAAGGUUUCUUUGUUGCUUGUGGAAUAUUAUGAACCCCCACUUUUGUCAUGCGUGGUAAAUGAGGUCUUGAAGUCAAUAAGUGGUGAACGCUUGUCGUCCACUGUGAGUCUGAUACUCCCAUACAUUCUGCCAGCAGCAAAGCUCAAGUGUGAAGAUAAAAAUUCAUUCAUUAUCAACAGUAGGUCUUCUCUGUAUGGUUUCCACACGGGGCCAGCAACAGAGUUUACAGAAGAUAUAAUUCGAGAAGCCGACAAGCCACCUUUGUCUUUGCAGAUCACUUAUGAGCCAUUGGCUUGCUUACUUCAGCUAGUCCAAUUCUUUAAUAUUUCAACUGCUGUCCUUAUUGGCAAAAGAGGCGUGAAUGAAGAGCAGGAGGUACUUUGUGAAGUAGGAGAGAGUUUAGCAAGUGCAUUUUCGUUGUGCUUCAUCAAGAACCGGAUCAAGUUGAAUCUUGGGGAAACAGUGAAACAAAAGGAACCAUGGCGUGCACUAUAUGGCUGACGUUAUGCUUUGCAGAAAGCUAGCAGUUCCAUGCUUAUGGCCUUGAUUAAUUAGAACACUUUUCUGUCAUGCUUAGUGUUGCCUAUGUUUAUUAUUUUGGUCCUUGAAUGUUGAAGGAGAUGCACUCUGAUCUUGCAUUGUGAGCUUAAAAUACAGGGCAGCAUACUGUGUUAAAAGAUAGUACGAGUAGUGUAUCGUAUAUGCAAGAACAUGUAUACCGUAGUUACUGGUUUAUUGCUAGGUUUAGGAGACUAUUUAUUUAUUUUAUUUUUAGUCUCUAUUCAUCCCAAAAUAUUACUUAGAAUUACUCCCUUCUUCCUAAAAAAUUGUUUUUCUCAAAUUAUUGGCGAUGGAGUUUUGCAGAGUAUAAAUGGAAAGAAAAAGAAGGAAUUUUUAGAAAA